AGAGACAACAUGGCGGCUGCACCAGUGUAUGAUGUGACGUGAAACCGGCAGGCCGACCCACUCUGCAGGGAAGUCCUGCACUGCUGACCUGCAGCCAGUCGGCCACUCGCUCGGCUCGAGGGUCGUUCUCUGGCGGCGCCAUGCCGACGCCUAUCGCGUUCCGUCGGCGGCUGCUGCUGACCUGCUGCUGCUCGCUGCUGGUGCUGCUGCUGGUGGCCCAGCAGGUCGUGCAUCAGGCUCCUUGGAUGGAGCCCCCAGCCGUUCCGGAGCCGCGCCCGGGCGCCGCCGUACUGCCGCAGUACGGCCGGUACCAGUACCUGCUGAACAGUCCCGUGUGUGGUGGCGAGGAGGAGGUGCGGGCCGUGAUCGUGGUCCACUCGGACCCGCGCCGCCCGGAGGUGCGCCAGGCCAUCAGGGACUCGCUGCCGGCAGCCGAGCUGGCCCAGCUCGGUCUGAGGCGCGCCUUUAUGCUGGCAGAGGCGUCCACCAAGCUUCGGGAGGACGACACCACCAUAUCCCAAUUUGCGGUGGCGGCGGAGAAUGCUCUCUAUCACGACAUAGUGCAGGGAGACUUCCACGACUCCUACUACAACCUGACCUACAAGCACAUCAUGGCCCUCGACUGGGCCACCACCUUCUGUCCCCAGGCCAGACAUAUAAUCAAGAUGGAUGACGACAUAGCUUACAAUGUGUACGAGGUACUGCACUUGCUGGAGAAGACCCCUGAUAAGGGAUACCUGGGUGGAAAUGCCUUCCGAACGUCCAAACCCUACCGGGGUAAUUCUAAAUGGCAUGUCAGCCUAGAGGAGUGGCCAAAGGAGUAUUACCCGCCGUACAUAUCAGGCUGGCUGUACAUCGUCAGUCAGGAUGUUGCUCGUGCAAUGGUUAGACGGUCCACCGAGGUACCGCUCUUCUGGAUCGACGAUCUGUUCAUCACUGGCAUGAUAACAGAACAACUGGGUAUCUACGUCACGGGCUUUAAUCAACUUUUCGCCACGUCGGCUGAAUGCGUCCGUCACACGGUCAACCAGAACUACCCCCGGCUCGGACGACCCAGCGGCACCGUCUUCAGUCCCAGCGUGGUGGUUACGCCCACCGACCGCGACCUGGAUGCGCUGAAGGCCUUCAACAGCCUCUGUCGCUACUGCAGGAGCCGGCCGUGCCGCAAGAGGGAGCGAGGGAAAGUGUGUGCAAAUAGCUUGACGGAGUUUUAAAUGGACUGCUUAGUGGUUAGUGCUUAUAUUUGGAACACCGGCUCCGUUAACCCACGAGCCGCUGGGGGGGGGGGGAUAAAGUUGCCCCCCCCCCUUUACGUUUUGUGGAAUAUCUCCGAAACCUGAUGAGCUACGAACGUGAAACUUGGCAUAGCUUCAAAUGAAUACCUAGGCAAUGUUUGAAGAAAGUUUGGUGGCUGUAGCAUCUAAGAUGACGUCACAGUGACGUCAUAAAGUUUUGUCGUUUCCCGAUAUGGACCGUUUCUGAUGACGCUGAGCAUGAAACUCAACUGUAAAUGAACUAGACAGCACCUGCUGUCAUCCUAAAACAUCUAAGUACACUUCCAUCUAGUUCCUAACCAAUAAUCGGCCCUUUAUAUUCGGUCCCAUAUACCUGAUGUAUCGUGAGGAAACUGAGAGUCGCAAAUCUAUAAUUUGACUUAUGACGUCACUGUGACGUCAUUUCAAAUGAGAUCGACACCAAAUUUGGACACAACCUCGGCUAGGUAUUCAGGAAGAUGUGUGCAAAGUUUCGCUUCUCUAUCUCUUCGCGUUGCGACGAUAUCGCCGCGGAAGUAAAGGGGGGGGGCAACUAUAUGCCCCCCCCCCCCCCCCCCAGCGGCCGGCGGGUGGCGCGGAGGCCCAGCGGCCGCCGGGUUAACCGUGCAUGACUGGAGGGAGGGGAGGGGCUCAACAGAACUCCGCUUCCGUUUUUCCGCAAUAUCUUCCACAUUGCUGGACAUAUGGACACCCCAGUCAUGCGCGGGUUAAAACCACAAAAACUGCAAACGCGCGGAUAAUGUGAGCCGACCGCCGAAUCGCGAUUCCGGCCAAAAAUGGUCUCGAGAUGGUUGGUGUGUUCACGUGGGUGCAGUAUUGUGAUAUGGAGAGGUGUGAUGGGUUGUGAUUUUAGUGAUUUUUUGUGUAUUUCCGCCACAUGAGACUUGCUUGGGUGGCUGUCUUCAUAGAUAUUAUCUAUGGCCGUCUUGGAUGGUCAAGGUGGCCUGAGAGACAGGCUAAUGGACUGGAGUAAGAACAGGCCACGGCAACAUAAAAUACACCAUCGCCAUGGUUUUCAGGAGAUCUUUUCUGGCUGAAACCACCGACAGCCUGUAGCAACUUUACCACUCACACGCCAGUUGCGGCGACACCAAAGUACCUAUUCAUUGUUUAUGCACCCAUAUUCAUGUCUAGUGUAUGUGCAUUGUGUGCUGUGGCUGAGGUCUUCCUGUUCCUGCCCUGGCCUACACUGUCUGCGUUUUUCCUCAUGCCUGUCUGCAUGCGUGAAACGCCGCGUUGUUUAGCUAAGUGGUAGGUAGCCCGUUUUGUUCACGGUUCGCAAUGCGCAUCCUCCAUCGAUGACAUGCCGUAUUGUAUUGUGUUGAUAUUAUCAUUCUGUUGAUUGUGUCAUGCUAUUACUGCGAGCAAAGACGAUGUACAUUACUGUGCGCGUUUUCAGAUCACCUUCGGAUCAAUUGCUUCGGGUGAUUCCAGUUAUCGCUUUGACCCAUUUUAUAGUCCAGUAUUGCCAUUUGUUUAAUUUCUGAAAUAAACAAGCCGUUUAUGAAAAA